CAAGAAAUGAAAAGAAAGACGUACUCUCUGCAAUUCUCUAGGGUUUUCGAUCAAUCAAAUGCUCCGUAUAUAGGCUUUGAGUUUCUGUACUACAAAAGCCCAAAGAUUCUUGGAGUGGCUAACUAGGGAUACAAUUUUGGAGGUUGUGCCUUGGUGGAUUAUGAUGUAGUGGGGGAAAUUGCUGGGUGCCUCUGUAAGAAGUGGUGCACUCUGUUAGCUGUGAUUGAAGAAGCAAGGAUACCGGAGACCAGGGUUGAACAAAGUCACGCCCUGGAAGCAGAAAACAUGUUGGCCAAGAAAUUGAAGCAUGAGGAGAGUUCAAUGGAAGGAUCAUCAUGUCAAAUGACUACUGGAUGGAAAUGUCAUCAAAGGGAAAUAAUUGCUGCACAUAUUUUGGUACAGAUGGCUAAUGAAGAUUCUGGUUUGCUUCGUCACGGGUUAAAUUCGCAUGGAGUGACGCAUAGCAUGAAAGGGAUGCUGAGAAUGAGGUGGGAAACGAGAGGUGGUAGAAUAGCAGGUGAUAGUCAUUCUGAAGUGGAUGGGAGAAAGGCCAAGUUUCUGGCAAAGGGCCAGCAAGCUGCCUUGGGAGGUCAGAUGAAUGAUGGAGAUAGUGUAGUCUUGGCUUUAUCAGCAAUGCCAUGUCCUGGAAGGAGAAAGCAUACAAAGACGAACAUCAGUAUGGAACUAUCUUCUCUUCGACCAAAGUAUAUGAACUGUAAUGUCAGUGAGGACAAGGAUGACAAUUUGUUUGAAGAGUGUGGAGUUUUUGAUGGUGAUGAGCUGACUAGUAGAUGGGGAAACAAUAAUCAGAAAUCAAUUGAAGCUGGUCUCGAGGAUCCUCAUGAUAGAUUAGGCAUGUCAAGGAUAAAGAAGCGGAAAACAGUGGCAAUAUCCUGCUUUAGUAGAGAAACUGAGGAUGUUCAAGAGAGACUUCGUCAUGUUGGAAGCCAUCCUGCUGCACCACCUCUGGUUUUGAUGGAACCAACAUUAAACAAAAGGGAGAGGUUUAGGGGUAUGAAACGUAAGAUGAACAUCGCCACUAUCAGCCCAAGCUCUGAAGAAGUAAGAGCUCACUUUCGCAAGGAGGAAGCAUUGAGGUAUUUAGUCUCGGAUAGGGGAUUUUGCUACACUGCUCUGGAUGGUAGAAAGUCUGCAGUCGCUCCUCUAACAAAGAUGAAAAAGAUUGCCCGAUAUCAUGUUAUACUCAAACCUGAUAGGCCGCGUCAUAUUUACACCCUGUGUCUGGUGCGGGAUGCAGCUGCUAGAUUGCCUGGAGGUGUGGGCACCAGAGCAGAUAUUUGUACACUCAUGCGCGACUCACAGUAUCUAGUUGAAGACAUCUCCGAUAAACAACUUAAUCAAGUUGCUAGCAAAGGACUGGACAGGCUGCACUACGAAGUUGAUCCAUGUGUUCAAUAUAAUGGGAAGGUGUGGGUUUAUUUACAUCGAAAUAGAGGGGAGGACGACUUUAAGGACGAUGCUACAUCAUCUGCCUAUGUAAGAAGAAGGUACCGCGGAGUGUAAUGGAGCAAUGCGUCUGUGUUCAUGGAAGAAACUUGCACGUUAUUCAGAGUAGGAAAACGAUAGAAAGCAGCUAGCUCUUUUGUUUUGGUUCAAAGACGACUUGAACUGUCGUCAUAGGUGCCGCAAUGUAUCCUGAUUUUGUACAUGAAUCCAUUACAAGGUCUUUCAUUUUGAUUC